UUUACUCUGGUCUGUGGCUGUGUGCUCAGCUGGAUUGUCAAUGUCAAAUUUGGUUUUAUUCCUGUCGGGUUUCGUGCAAAUGUUUUAUCACAAUUUAUUAAUGAAAUUGUGAUGAUUACUUGAAAAUUAUGCAUCGGAGUGCUAACACUUGACGUCGACUUGUAUGUACGGAAGUGUUGAUUUAAUGGGAUAUAGAAUAAGUGCCUCACGAUGCCUUGCAUUUUGCUUGGGCAUAACUUUUAUAAUGGGCUGCUAUUUAGCCUCAUUACCGAUACAAUCAGAAAAACAGGCAUUACCUAAACCAAUAAGACAGCAGAUCUCAUCGAAAGUGCCGAAUAAAAAACGUUUAGCAAUACUCGUGCCGUUCAGAGAUCGCUUCGAGGAGCUCUUAGAAUUUGUGCCACACAUGUACGGCUUUUUAAACAAGCAGAAUAUACCGUUUCACAUAUUUGUGGUGCAGCAAAAAGAUAGCAAUCGAUUCAACCGUGCAUCGCUGAUAAAUGUUGGGUUUUUGUACACAAGGAACGAUUACGACUAUAUUGCAAUGCAUGACGUGGAUUUACUUCCUGUAAAUGACGACUUGAAGUACGAUUAUCCUGCAUCAGGACCUUUUCACAUCUCAUCUCCGCAAACUCAUCCAAAAUACCACUACGAUACAUUUAUUGGUGGCAUAUUGCUAGUCAAAAGAGAGCACUACGAGCUAGUUGACGGAAUGUCAAAUAACUACUGGGGCUGGGGACUGGAAGACGAUGAAUUCUAUGUGCGAUUAAAAGACGCACGGUUGAAAGUCACAAGACCAGCUAAUAUUACUACAGGACCAGAAAAUACUUUCAGGCACAUCCAUGACAAAACAUACCGCAGGCGUGACAUGCGGAAAUGUUACAACCAGCGCGAGGUCACGCGACACAGAGACAGAUUGACAGGCCUCCACAACGUGCAAUACAAACUGUGGAGCACCCACACGGUCACCAUUGACGAACUUCCCAUCACCGUGUUAAACGUGGAGUUGUUGUGUGAUAAAGCAGCUACGCCGUGGUGUCAGUGCCCGGAACCAGUGAAGGUUAAAAAGCCAUAGUAAGGAAUCUAAGAAAAUAUGUUGCUUCCUUAAAAAAAUUUACAUUGACUGUGUUAAGACACUUUUUAGCCAAGAAACAAUUGUUUUUUGUAUUAGGCACAACAUAUUAAAUUGAUAUGUUUAAUGACUAAUUCGGACCUGCCACCAAUGGAUUCACAGGUGUGCAUGGUUGAAUUUCAAACAAAAAGACAAUUAACAUCGGUUCAUACGAAACCAUGUCUCUAAAACUAUAACACUCCUCUUUUUGUAAGAGUCAAAAGUUAUAAUUUAGUUUCUAAAUUUUUAGUGCCUAUAUUCAGUGGCAUUUGCUCAUACAUUGUAAUAAAUAAUUAAGAUUAUUGUAAUAAUUCUAGUGUCAUUUUGUAAAUAGUAAAAUUGGCUUUACAUUGAGAUUAGAUAUGGAUUAUAAUAAGCCUACUAACUCAUUUUCAAGAGAUUUUAUUUUUGGCUCCAAUAUGCAAUACAUAUAAAUGUGCUAAUCUACAUUAUUUUGCGGAUAUUUAUUAUCUAAAUCGCCUAUGCCUAAAAGAUAUCGCCUAUGACUAAAAAAUAGUUACAAGUUGGGGCAUUUUUUUGUAGGUCACUGAUUCUCUGAACUCUGUCGCUCUGUUUGAGCGAAAACUACUUAGCCCCUCUAUAUGUCAUAUGUACAAACGCCCGUAUUCACAAACAUUACUAUGAGGUCUCACAGUGCGAGUGGACGCACAGGGUGACACACAAACCAACCACAGAGCUCUAUUGAACGCUGUGCAUUCGAUUUGUUGCUUCACUUAGCAAGCAUCGUUUGUGAAUAUGGGUGUUGGCCCCUCUAUACAAAGUAUACUCGUAGCAAAUUCAAUGAGGGCUAUCGUUUUUAUACUUAACAGUUGACACCCCUGGCGAUUGACAGGACCUUACUCUACAGUGGCGCCAUCUUGAUGAGUGCAAAUGCGAUAGUCCUCCUACCACUUUAGCGCUCACAAGUUGGCGCCACUGUCUUCGCUACUAGCAAGUGACAGGACCUUACUCUACAGUGGCGCCAACUGGUGAGCGCUAAAACUAUAGCCCUCAUUGCGU